UACCAGGUUAUAUGCAUGUAGUUUUGGGGCUGAUCUUCAAUAUCCAAAACUCCGGUGGAGGGGAGAGUGAUCCAUUGAAAAUUCAAUGUUCAACCCAGAAAACGUUUAAAAAGAAAAAAAAAAAAGGGGUUUAGCGUGGCAAGAUGUUUGGAAUUGACAGUCCUUUCUUAGCUCCUAUUUGAAACCUGGAUUGGAAGCACAGCCACUUCAAGUAACCUAAAUUACCAUUGCUUAGAAACCUGGAUUGGAACUCCCUCCACUUCAAGUAAUUAACCUAUUAACAUGGAUGAUCACUUUCUUUUGAAGCAACUUGCUGUUUUAAAAAUUCUCGAAACUUUUAAAAUCAUGUUUCUCUAACAUCUGAUGCUGCUUCUGCUUUAGAUAUUGUUACCUAUAGUUGACUUGGAAAAUGGGUUUAAAAUGGUACAGAGUCAAUAAGUCAUUUUAUAAAUAAUUUUCUAAGCUGUGAACUUUGGCAAUUCAUGAAGUCCUCCCUCAAGUCUUUAACAAUAAUAGUUGAGAUCUCAUGUCUGAUGCAAUCAAGUUUUGAUUAACAUAGUCAAGAAAAUUGUACCCUUCCUACACGGCUUUGAUCAAUAAUAGAGCAACACUUUUUGAAAGCCAAAUGUGAUUUAGUUUCGUCUGAAUUUCCAAGAAGUGAAGACAACUACUCCAUAUAAUACCACGCGUAACAGAUCAUCUGAUGACCAAGUUUCACCUUUCAACGGUCCAUAUAGUAAUAAAAAUACUUCCUACAUCACUUUGGAAAUUUUGCACCAAAACAAUUAGCAGAAGAUGUUAGCUCUCCUUCUCAAACUCAUUUUUUCCACAGUCAGUACGUUAUCAAACCUGGUUACUCGCUUAAUCUUCACCGCCACAGCUUACUUUCUUGUGUUAUUGAUCCAUGUUUUCAAGGUACCUGGUGAAGCCCUCGGGGUUGCUUUAGAAAAACUUGCGGAAGCCAUCGAGUCAUGUUUCGACUACUUCCUAGAGCUGAUUAUAGAGCUAACAGGCUCUCUCAUCUCUUCCGUUUUUAAUCUUUUUACAGAAGCUGUUACGUCGUUUGUUUCUGCUUCCGGGGAAGCUUUUGGUACACUUGUGGAGAAGACACGAACAUCCCUUGAAGAGUUGUUAACAGACAUACCAGAGAUUGUUGAAGGGUUUGCAGAGAUGAUUUCGACUGUGGUGAUAGAUUUGUGGAAUAAUACCAAGUAUGCUUUGGGAUAUGUUACGGAAAAUGCUUGAUUCUGUGUAAGCACAAAAUAUCAGGUUGCUUGGUUGUUAUAUAAAAUUUUUAGGAUAAAAUACCAACAAUUUUGUCUCGGAAAACUAAAUGCUUUCCAUCAAUCUCUUGACCAAAGUUUAACGGUUUAUGCCUUUGAUCAUUGUUAUUUUAUAUUUAAGAAAAGACCAUGCUUUGGUGUUCUUGUU